UUUGUUAUCAUUAUUCAGUUUUGGGAAUCUGAAAGAUCCCCUUCCUCUUCAUACGCAAAGUAUUUACUGCUUGGACCAUUGGGAAAUCAAUUUUGUUCUUGGAAACAACCAAAACCACCUUCACCAAAAUCGAUUUGGGGAAGAGGAAGAAACAAGCCGUUUCACCUAUUCUCCCUCUCCAAAUCACACCCACAUCAAAAACGCCUCACCACAACUUCUAUCAUUUCUCUUCACAAACCAAACCACCCUCACCCUCCAUCUUCAACCACAACCAUGAUGUGGGAACGUGAAUACGAUGAACACCAUCACCACCACCACACCGCCUCUCUAAAACCUAAGGAUUAUUACAAGAUACUGGAAGUAGAUUAUGAUGUUGAUGACAAUGCUAUUUGCUCUAAUUACAUUUGUCUUGCUCUCAAAUGGCACCCGGAUAAGCAGAAAGACCAUAACUCUGCUACGUCCAUGUUUCAAGAUAUAAACAAGGCAUAUCAGGUGAAGAUUGGUCUGUAGCUGUGAGUGAAGGGUGACAAUUUGUGACUCAGUUUUGAGGACGAGGUUUAGCAAUCCAGUUGAAUCCGAUUGAACAGGGCAAGAUGGACAGUGGAAGUUGGAACCAACCACAUUUUCUUGGCUACAGCAGCAGAGCCAUGGUCUGGGGUCAAGGUGACUAAUAUACGGAGUUUUGGAACUGGAUUUCAAGACGGUGGAUUUGUUUAUUUGGCGGAAAGUGUUUGAAAUGAAACUAAUUGUAGAAUUGAUACAUUGCAUACUUGAUAUAUUUAGCUGGCAUUUGGCUAAAUUAUUUUUUCUUACUCUGUAACCAACAAUUGUACUACGUUUAUAGCUUUAUGCUACUGAUUUUUCCGUUU